AUGUCCUGUUACCCAGAAACCUAUGUCCUGUUACCCAGAGACCUAAGUCCUGUUACCCAGAGAGCUAUGUCCUGUUUCCCAGAGACCUAUGUCCUGUUACCCAGAGAGCUAUGUCCUGUUACCCAGAGAGCUAUGUCCUGUUACCCAGACAGCUAUGUCCUGUUACCCAGAGAGCUAUGUCCUGUUACCCAGACAGCUAUGUCCUGUUACCCAGAGAGCUAUGUCCUGUUACCCAGAAACCUAUGUCCUGUUACCCAGAGACCUAUGUCCUGUUACCCAGAAACCUAUGUCCUGUUACCCAGACAGCUAUGUCCUGUUACCCAGAGAGCUAUGUCCUGUUACCCAGAAACCUAUGUCCUGUUACCCAGAAACCUAUGUCCUGUUACCCAGAGACCUAUGUCCUGUUACCCAGAGAGCGAUGUCCUGUUACCCAGAGAGCUAUGUCCUGUUACCCAGAGAGCUAUGUCCUGUUACCCAGAGAGCUAUGUCCUGUUACCCAGAGAGCUAUGUCCUGUUACCCAGAGAGCUAUGUCCUGUUACCCAGAGAGCUAUGUCCUGUUACCCAGAGAGCUAUGUCCUGUUACCCAGAGAGCUAUGUGCUGUUACCCAGAGAGCUAUGUCCUGUUACCCAGAGAGCUAUGUGCUGUUACCCAGAGAGCUAUGUCCUGUUACCCAGAGAGCUAUAUGCUGUUACCCAGAGAGAUAUGUCCUGUUACCCAGAGAGAUAUGUCCUGUUACCCAGAGAGAUAUGUCCUGUUACCCAGAGAGAUAUGUCCUGUUACCCAGAGAGAUAUGUCCUGUUACCCAGAUACCUAUGUCCUGUUACCUAGACAGCUAUGUCCUGUUACAUAG